UUGAUGUGUUCAGUACUUUCUUCAACACUGAUGGGCUUAACACGUCGAUUUCAUGCUGGUGGACUGAAUACGUCAAAUUCCUUCAUUUUUUCUAUCGUUCUUUGUCUUACAUCACUACAAACGUCAUCAUCUAAAUAUCAACCCCUUCAUCACCACCAUCUUCACCACCAACAUCGUCAACAUGACUCCUCCAUUUCUCCUGUUAUCAACAUUCUCCUGCUCUUCCCCAACAUUGUCAACAACUUCAUAUCUCGCUCAUCGAUUCCCAUGUUCCUCUUCCCUGCUUCUCCAGCAAGUUGUGGGCAGUCCACCAGAGGCAGACGUGUCUUCUACGACCUUCCCUCAGAAAACAAUUUCGGCCUCUGGUAUAAGAUGGAGAUGACGUACACUCAGGUGCAUAUACGAUAUAGUGUCGACUUGUGGUAUCAAGCUACGGCAUUUGAAGUCUGGCCUGUAUGGUCCAACACAGAGGAAUACAGAGGUAUCACUUCAGCAGAUCUUAGGACUGAAAGGAGGGGAAUUACGUCUUUCCGCAGUGUGACUAUAACUGGCAACGGUACUAUGGAAUGGAUCCUGUGCAAGAGGAUUGACAGUUGUCCUGCCAUACCCGCUGGUAGCACCACGAGAAAUUCAUCGACUGCAGUGACCGUCUUGGUGAUGCUGCUGAUCUUGUUGGUGGUUGUCAUGGUGAUCUGUACUGCUUAUAUAAUUCACCUCAGAAAGAUUAUAAGUCAAAUUAUCGUCUCAAAGUUCCUCUCCAACAAUGUCGCCAGUGACGGCAACGUGUACUAUAAUCCAAGUUCUCUGCGGGGAGCGGCACCCGUAUCAUUUACUGGUGAAAAUAUAUAUGAUGAGUGGGCAGAGAUCCCACCUGCAGCCUCUGCGUCGCCUCACAAGGACAACGUCAACAACGUGACAACGAACACUUCUGGACAACAAGACAUAAUCAAUGGCCGUUUUUCUCCUCACAACAGUGAGAACGAUAUCUAUGAAGUGAUAACGGAUAUGGAAGAACAGCUAAAGUAAUCUAAUGGCUGUUUUUCCGGUAACAAUAACGAGGCUUUUGUUUAUGGAAUAAUGGUAAAGGUUACAGAACAACGGAAGUUGUCCAAUGUCCAUUCUUCUCCCUUCCCCACAGGACAGUGAACAUGACAGCAAGUGAAGCUGUCAGUUACCCUUCUCUCCAUAAUGAGAUCGGUAUUAAUGACAUAAUGGUGAUUAUGGCAACAAGAACUGUUCAUUUGCAAGUAACAGGGUGAGAAAAGCAUACCAACAACAGUUCAUCCACAGACAACGAGUUUUGAGACUCUCUGACCUCGGGUUCAAAUCCCGCCCGUGGUAUGGUUUGUUUACAAUCGUGUCAUUACGAUUUCGUGAGUCACAACGCAUCUUACAGCUAGCACAAUCCCCCAUGCAAAAUAUAUCUUAAAAAUUACACUUCUAAAGACUUGCAGUAAAUUUGAUACAACAGUUAGAUAUACCUUUUAAAAUACAGAGCUAUUAAGUAGUAGCUACGAGUACCUUACAUCAGGGACGACCACAAAAUAUUUUAAGAUACCUGGAAACAGACUGGGAAAAUAAAAAAUGUUCUCUAUGGGCCACUGACAUGUAGUAAGACCGAGUUAAUCUCCAGUACUUUCAACAAUAAUUUUGGUCAGGGAGUUGAGUGAAUUGUGCCCACUUAAGACAAUCCUCGAAAUCUUAGUGUAUAUUCAUAAAAUGUUGACACUUAUGUAGUUCUGUAUUACAGAUGCAAAAUAGACAUAUUAGACAGUUACCGUUGUAUACCAUUGUCGAAUUCUGAUCAGCUGUUCAUUUUGAAACACUGCCAUUUGGAUUUAAGUAAAUACUAUCUGCGUUUUGUAGACCCAUAAAUUAUAUUCUAAACUUUGUUAUGGAAGGAUUUUCACUCGUUUAUCUUGAUAAGUUUUCAAGUUUUACCCCUACAAAACUAAAACAAGCUAACUAAAACAUUUUGGUUUAUUAUAGUUGAGAAACACUUGAGUGAUUUAUCAGAUUAACUGUAUUGUAUAAAUGCGCAAUAAAUACAACUCAUAGACCAACAUGAAUACAUGUUUGUGACAGUGAAAAAACAUCAAGUACUGGAUCACAAUCUAUGCUCUGACAAUCCCUUAUCUAGACACUGCAGUAGUCUACAAUAGAAGUAGGUGUCCCGUAGCUCGAUCGGUAGUGCACUCAGCUCACACUCUGAGGUCCGGAGAUCGAAUCUCCUCCGGUACGAUUGAAGAACAUUAGGGACGUGUUUCCAUAAGACAACUGCUGUCCCUGUCCACCCAUCAAUUUAAAAUAGUGUUAGUGGACUGGUGUGGGUCACAUCCUGGGUGUUAGUGGACUGGUGUGGGUCACAUCCUGGGUGUUAGUGGACUGGUGUGGGUCACAUCCUGGGUGUUAGUGGACUGGUGUGGGUCACAUCCUGGGUGUUAGUGGAUUGGUGUGGGUCACAUCCUGGGUGUUAGUGGAUUGGUGUGGGUCACAUCCUGGCUGUUAGUGGAUUGGUGUGGGUCACAUCCUGGGUGUUAGUGGACUGGUGUGGGUCACAUCCUGGGUGUUAGUGGACUGGUGUGGGCCACAUCCUGGGUGUUAGUGGACUGAUGUGGGUCACAUCCUGGGUGUUAGUGGACUGGUGUGGGUCACAUCCUGGGACAAAACUGACCUAAUUUGCGGGAAAUGCUCAGCAUAACAAGGGACUUUCUAUAUAGUAGUAUGUCAUUGAUGUCAGCUAUGGUCUGUAU